UCCAGAACCUACACCACAUGCUAUGGACCUGCGACAUGUGGACACCACGUCCUGUGGACACUGGAGUCGUUCAUUUCCAUGGAAACUUGUAGGUUACUUUACAAGAGAUUGAAUGCCUACCAGCUACCAAGCUUAACCACGAGGCCUCAUAAUGAAGUGGACUUCAUGUUGUGAGCUCUAAGACCCAGAAGACCACAUGUCAGUAAUUAUAAUAUCAUACACCAAUGAACUUAAGGAGCCAUUGAUUCUAUUAAGUAAUUUUAUGUCAAGCUAAAAAGGGAAAAUGGGGCCGGGCUCAACAACUGAGAGUACAUACUGUUCUUGCAGAGGAUCUGAGCUGGGUUCCCAACACCCAUAUGGGUUGAGUCAAACCACCUGUAACUACAGCGUCAGAAGGUCCAUCCCCCUUUCUGGACUCUGCCAGCACCUGGGCUCAAAUAUACAUACGUGCUCAUGCAUGUCCGUGAACAUACACACACAUUAAAAAUAUUAAAAUGCGUGUUUUGUUUAUUUGGUUUCCUGAGACAGGGUUUCUGUGUGUAGCCCUGGCUGUUCUGGAACUUGAUCUGUAGUCUGGCCUCCACUCACAGAGAUCCUCCUGCCUCUGCCUCCUGAGUGCAGGGAUCGAAGGCAUGUGCCGCCACCAUCAGGCUAAAAUAAAAAAUUUAAAAGGAAAAUUCUGGCAAUUAAGUCAUCCAUACAGGACUAUAGGCCCAAUAUUGAAGGUGAAUUAGAGGAUGGAUUGAACCCAGGACUUUGAAGCCAGUCUGUGCAACAUAGUAUAAAGCCCUCUCUUACACAUAGAAACCAAAAUCCAAAAUCCAACCAAACCAAACAGUAACAAACACGUGGUAUCUAUGGUCACAAGCAUCCCGAUCUCAGGAGCUAAGAUAGAACAGCAAUGAAAGUAACCAUUAAAUUAUGAUCUAUUCUCUAUAUGUGGUUUUAUUUAAGUUCUUGCCAAAACUUUUCACUCGUAUGCACCGAGUGCAGGUACUCUGUAGACAUCAGGGCUACCAGGGUCUAACCUGUGCCUUGGAGGAGCUCUGGUCUGCCCGUGAUGCUCUGUCCCAGGGAAGGUUAGCAAACAGAGUAGGACAAUGUGUGGAUGAUGGAGUAAAGAUAGCCCAAGGACCAAUAUGUAGGCGUGGAGAUUAAGAAGGGGUUUGGGUACCAGGGCUUUACUGAGGAAGUGCUGUUCAGAGGUUGCAGCUACAGCCCACAGGCAGCCCCUGAAGCACAGACAGCUACACCACAAUCAGUCCCACCGGCAGCUCCUCUGGUGGGGACAGCGGUGACCUUUUAACCAUCAGCAAAGUUGCCAACCUGGUAAAAGGAACCCUGGAGAACUCCAACCCUAUGUAUGCAUGAGCUUCCCUUGCUGGGGGAAUAAAGGAAGGCAUCCUGAAAGUGCUAUAAACUGUGAUCUGCUUGGGAGACCCGGACAUGGGUUACCUGCCACCUGCCGCUGAAGAGAAGCGGGAGUGAGGUGGAGACAUCUUGGGGAACCUCAGGUUGUCUGUCUGUGGGGACAGGCUGGGAUGUUGGAUGGUCCCAGGAUCCUGAGUGUGCUAAUUGAUCUGGUUCACAGCCUCAGCUUUCUGCCGUAGGUGAUAGGAACUACUAAGGAAUCUGAUGGUUUGUGGGUCAUACAAUGUGAAUAGCCAGGAGCAAAGAGACCAGUUAGGAGGUGAGGAGAGGACAGCCUCCUCAAAUCAAAGACCUGGUGUGGGCCAGCCAUUUAAAACUCUCUUGUCUUCACUUUGCAGAGGAGCAAAUAGAAUGUUUAAGUAACCUGCUCAAAUCAAGGGCAUCCGGCUAGUUAGUGUGAGCCAGGAUUUGGAACUAGACCUGAGCAUUGGCGUAACUAAGGAUUUUGGAUUUCAGUUCAUGACUUAUCAAUAUUAGGUUUUUUUUUUUUUUUUUUUUUUGGUUCUUUUUUUCGGAGCUGGGGACCGAACCCAGGGCCUUGCGCUUCCUAGGUAAGCGCUCUACCACUGAGCUAAAUCCCCAGCCCCUCAAUAUUAGGUUUUAUUUUAAAGCUUGCUCCAUUGCACACAUUGGAUCCCUGGGGAUCCCUUCUUUCCUGACUCACUGUGAUGAUAUGGUGAUGUAGAGAAACUGAGCUCCAGACAGGAGCUAACAGGAGAGACUGUCCCCGGCUGGGCUGGUUCUAUAGUGGCCCAGGGACUAAAGUGAGCCACCAGGAAAGCUGGUUCUUGCCUCCUAAAGAAAGGGUGUCUCUGUCCUUUGGUCCUGCUGGCCAGCCCUCCCUGGCAGCCACACCUGCUUUGUUCUUCUCCUUGCAGCCAGCCAGAUGUCUCUCUCCCAGAGUGACAGGAGCAACUGGGGACAUCUAUAGAAGCUCCCUUUCAGGCUUGACAAAGGCGCUGGCAACCUGGCUUGGCCUGUAGAGGAGGGUGGGAGGGAAGUACCCAGGGAGGCGGACAGCUGGGGGCUGGUAGGCAGGCAUUCCCUCAAACAGGUGAAGUAACUGAGGCAAAGAGGAGAGUCCCCCGUUCUCAGGGGUGAAAGAGAUCAAAUGCAGGAGCUUCUUAGCUUAAUUUCGAAACUAGGUGGCUUUAAGUUGUGCCCUCUGUCAGGAAGGACCUGGUAAGGCCUGGGGAGAAGACACAGCCAUCAGAGAGGGGUGUCCCUAAUCAGCUCAAGAACACAGUGUGGUGGAAAGGUGUGGUGGAGGGAUACAAAAGGCUUGGAGUGGGGGCAGCCUUGCAGACCCCCCCUGCCCCAGAUAAGACACCAAAUUGGUGUUGAAAGUAGUCCAUCUGGCAGAGUCCCACAGGAGCUCAUCUUAGGACUUUUUGGGGUGGGAGAGUAUGUAAGGAUCUUGCCUGGAAUUAAGUUCUUGAAAGGGAGAAUGUAGUGGGGAGGAAUAUAGAGAAAUAACAGUUGGAAACCGUUAAAAUAUGGUGGAUUUGUUAUAGGCAAAAAACAAAGACAUAAACAACCCAGCAAACCAAACCAAAAAAACCCAAGUGAGGGGCGCUUGACAGCUGUCCUGCAGCUGUGCAGAACCUUUAUUUAUUUCAGACAGGAUCCAGAUUCAGUCCUGGUUUCCUAUCUUCUCCACAACUUUCUCUCCUCUUGGAACUCUAGACAAGGAGGUCCUAAAGAUAGCAUCUUUACUUCACAAAGGGAAAUAAAAGUAGGACAUUAGGAACAUUGUGGACGUAUGGAGCCCUCCAUGGUAUUUGUUCGCCCAGUAAAUAUUAACACUUCACUCGUGCUGACUCCAGUGAGUAAGGGAAGGGGCAAAGAAAGAACGGGCAUGCACACUUGGGGAAUAGAAAGAAGAAAAUCUCAAUCUCUCUCUCUCUCUCUCUCUCUCUCUCUCUCUCUCUCUCUCUCUCUCUCUCUGCAUUGUUAUGUAGCCCAAUAUACCCCCCAAACUCUUGAUUUUCCUUCUUCAGCCUCCUGAUUUGUGGUUAGAGUGUCUGCCACUACUAUUUCCUUCUCCUCUUACCCUUUCCUUUCUUCCCUCUCUUCCUCCCCUAGCAACUAAAUGCAAGGCCUCGUGCACUGAGCUACAGCCCAGCCCUAAAACCUUUUAUUCAGUGGUGAACAGUGCCUACAGACACUCAGUGGAGGUGGAUGAGCAGUAAAGCCCCACGGCUUCUGGGAAACCUCUUGCCAUUCUUUAUAAAAUCCACUGUGAUUUACUCAGGUACCAGAAAAUACAGCUUUGGAACAGUGUUAAAAAUUACCUAAUUCUAUGAAUGUUUUUGCCUACAUAUAUGUCUGUGCUCCAGAUAUGUGUCUGGUGUCUGUGGAGGUCAGAAGAGGGUGUCAGAUCCUCUGGAACUGGAAUGGAUGGUUGUGAGGCACCAUGUGGAUGCCUGGAACCGAAGCCAGGUCCUCUGCAAGAACAAUUAAUGUUUUUAAUCACCGAGCCAGCUCUCUAGCCUCUCCCCACCGGUUCUUGAAGUGUUUAAUGGGCAGGACAUAGGGGAUGGCCAUUUUGAGCUGUCUGUGAGAGUCGUUAUUGUCCCAGGAAGCCUCUGUGAGGCUACACUCUGUCUCGGACUCAGAACCGGGAGUCCAGGCCUCAGUGCCUUGCUCACUGGAGUGUUUCUUAGCAGAUACACCAGGAACUGGAACCCUGAAUUCCUCUCUUCCCUGCGGUUUGUGAAAAAUUGGGGUGGUAUAAAAAAAAACGGCAUUCUGUGUGUAAUCCCCCAAACUCAUUCCCUUCCCCCCAGCUCUAAAAGGUUACCUUCUUGGUUGCCCCAGAGGCUUGUAGGAGGGACUGGAGAACCUCUAAAACCAAAAGUCAUAAGUCAGCAAUCUUGCUCUGUCAUUGCAGCAAGACUGACCCUCAAGGCUUUCCCAGAAAGGCCAUAGCUUCCCUUAUACCACCCCGUGUAUGGUAUGUCCCCCGUGAGAGGGACACUUCUACCAUAGUCAGGAUAGCCCCCUCACCCCCUUUCUGAGGUGGCCCAAAGUUAGAAAUUUUGUUGAGUGAAGAAGUGUGCAGCUCAAGGUAGGCUGAACUGGCCCCAGGGCUACUGACUUCUCUUUUUCGUACUGUCUUGCCACCUGCCUCUCCUCCCCAUGCUGCUCUGGGUAGGGAGGAAGCCCUCUGAGAUCAGACUGAGCAGUGCUGGCUAAGAGUAACGGCUCCUGUUCAUUACUGAGGCUGUGCUUGGGCUCUAUGGUGGCAGACUCUUCUAGGGAUGUGCUUCUCGACUGGGUCAUUUUUUGAGAUGUUCCAAGGCCAGUUUGUAUUUUCUUUAGGGGCUUUCUCUGGGCUGGCCCUGGUUAGCGGCAGGGGCUGAGCCUUCUGCAAGGUCGUGAGGCAGGUUUAGCGGCAGCAGUGGACAGUGGAGGCCAAGAGGUUGCUUUUGCUUUCCUCACGUGGAUAAACUGUCGCACGGAGGAAGAAAACUGCAAACGGAAAAACCAAAAUGGCUUUUAGACUCAGCCUCUGCUAGGAGCACUGAGAGGCCAGCCUGUACUUAAGGGACUGUGUACCUGAGUCCCUCAACUGGUCACAAGCCUGCCUACUCUUUGAGAAGAAGAGAAGAGAGAUGACAGAGAUAUACUGAGUUACUCUGUGGCCUUCUGUGAGGCAGUCGACAUCUCUGAAUUGUGCUCCUGUCCGUUGAAUGAGAGUGCUAAAAUACUCUCACACAGCUGUUUAGUCGCUGUGUGGGGAAGUGUUUGGAGACUUGUCAUAGUGGGUGCUAAACUGGGGAGCCUGGACUUUUCUUUGUAGAAAGGGGUUUCCCAGGCUCCUCCAUUUUUUUUCACAGUCACAGAAUUAUGGAUCUUUAAUUUUUUAAAGAGGUCAUCUGGUCUAGUCCUCUGGCAUUACUUAUUGGGGUUUUGUAGCUAAAAUUCUCUGACCUGUCAUAACAGGACAGAUAAGCCCUUGUCUUCUGGGGAGGAGUCCUUCUAGGUGCACAGAGGUGAAGCCAGCAAAGAGGUGGGUGAGGAUGAUGCCUCUUAGUUCUUGCAAGUUUCUAUGCAGAAGGUUCCCCAGUUGUCUGUGUCACGCACUCCCUAGGUAAGGGCUAAGACUCAGGGCAAUCUCAGGGGUGAGAAUCAGUCUGCUGACCUUCCGCUUCUGAGAGGAAGGCUGCACCCGACUCUUAGGACUGGAUGCUGGGGAAAGUGGCUACCAGAAUGCAGUGUGUUCCUCAGUGGUUUUUCCUUCAAAGGAAAGCCUUCUGACUCAUCUUAAGAAGCAACACCGUACAGGCAGCAAAACACACCUGACUUUCCCUCAGCUCUGGAAGUUUCCCAUCAUCCACCAAAAUUUGAAAAGAAGCAUCACGGGCUAGGGCCAGAAAAUGAUGUCAGCGCGGUUUAAGAAGACCUGGAGUCAAAGUCGCCCAACUUUGGCCUAGGUUGUGAGAAUUUAACUCUGGCGCUUUUCAUCUCCUAAUGGUCAUGUAAAUCCUUUAUAGAGACAAGGUUGGUUUCCCUAUAACCUACAUGGGCAGGCUGAUGGCUAGAAAUCAUAACUCAGGAAGGCUGUUAAUAAACUGCAUCAGAGAGGAUUAUGCAUAUUUUACUGCAUCCAAAGUCAGUUUUCUUUGUGGAGGAAAGUGCCUUGUGCCUUUUUCACCAUGGGGCGCGUGCACGAGCGCGCACACACACACACACACACACACACACACACACACACACACACACACACACUUUCCUGGCAGGCUGGAUGGGUUUCCAAACAUUUCGUCACUGUCUCCUCCUGACCUUGAUGAGCGAGGAACAAGCCGCGUGGCCUGUUGAUUACAGAAGAGUCAUGGGGGCUCAGGCCUAGGCGGUGGGGUUGAGGGGGGAGGGUGGCCACAGCCUUGCAAGUGGAGGUAAGGUCUGCUGGAAAUCCCCAGCUCCGGCAGCGGCCCGGAGGUUUAAAGACGCCUCCUAGCCUUAUUUGGUCGCAGGAAGUGGGCGGCGCAGAGCCUGCAGGCGGAGAGGCCGCCCCGAGACAGUUGUGCUGAUGAAGUGGUAGAGCUGGUUCCUGCUCGCCGCCGUGCCGCGCGCGCCGGCCAGCCACUGGGCGCUCGGAGCUCCCAGCCUCGAGUUGUGCAAUCCUUUGUAGCACGCCAGCGAGUCCUCCUCCUUCGCUCUUGCCUCUCGCCCUCUCUCUUUUUUUCAAGCUGUGAGCUCAACCGAUGAGUCAGAGCCGUGCAAUCCUGACACUGCAUCGCAGGACUGGGGGUGACACGCAGGGAGGGAGAGCGCUCUCGAGGCGGACUGUAAGGGCGCGGGGCGCGCCGAGGCUGCCGAGUCGCGAGCAGCGGGUGACAGCACACACGUCCCGCCCGGGCCCUGCCAGCAAACUUCCAGGCUUCGGGAAGCGCGGGCUUGGCUGAAACCCUGCGAACGCCGCGGGGAAGCGACGGCGCCUGUUUGUUUUUAAAAUCCGGGAGUGUGUGCAGGCGACUGGGUUCUUCAGAGGCGACCUAAGGCGGCGGCCCGCGGCGGAAGGAAGGGGCACUGCUGAGGCCGGAGGCCGAGUGGGAGCUGGGCUCCAGGACCUGGUGCAGCAUCAUGACUGGGGAAGUGUAGCUGAGCUCAAGACUCUCCCUAGAAGAGGAAGGACCAGUGGACGUUUCUCGGCUCUUGCCUGAGGGCUCCUGAGUUUUCCUCUGCCCCUCUUCUGCCUUCCCUGGCUACUGGACUGGGGCCAGGCUUCCAGCAGGACCUUCUCCCAAGGGAUGGGCAUCUGCUGAAGGACGUCUCAUUGUCAGGCUUAGCUGGCCACACCAUGAACCUCCAGGCCCAGUCCAAGGCUCAGAAUAAGCGCAAGCGUUGUCCUUAUGGGGACCAGGAGCCAGCUGCUAAGGAACAGCCACCACCACUGCAGGCUCCACCACAGUCCCUCAGAGCUAAAGAGGAACAGUACGGUCCCCACGAAGGUCCCGCGGGGGUCGCCUCCACCACCCAGCCUGUGGAGCUAUCUCCUCCCAACAACCUGGCUCUGCUGAACAGUGUGGUAUAUGGAUCUGAACGGACCACAGCAGCCAUGCUGUCCCAGCAGGCCCAGGUCAGCUCAGUAAAGUGGCCCAACUCCGUGAUGACUCCAGGGCGGGGCCUGGAGUGUGGGGGAGGUGCAGGCAUCAGCGACAGUGGCUGGCAGCAACAACCUGGCCAGCCCCCACCCCACUCCACGUGGAAUCACCUGCCCCUCUACAGUGGACCCAAAGGGGGCCCUCAUCCAGGUGUGGGGGUCUCUCCCUACUAUAACCACGCCGAGGCACUGAAGGGGAACAAACCUGGGGGUCCACAGCUGGAUCACUAUGGAAACGCAGUGCAGCCCAUGGUGCCACAGAAGAUGCAGCUGGAGGUGGGGAGGCCCCAAGCGCCCUUGAACUCUUAUCAUUCAGCCAAGAAACCCCCAAACCAGACACUGCCCUUGCAACCCUUCCAGCUGGCAUUUGGCCACCAGGUGAACCGCCAGGUCUUCCGGCAGGGCCCUCAGCCCUCUAACCCCACCACCUCCUUCCCGCCCCAGAAGCAGCAGCAGCAGCAGCAGCAGCAGCAGCCGCCGGCAGCCCUGCCCCACAUGCAGCUAUUUGAGAACUACUACCCCAUGCAUCAGCCGCCUUCACAGCAGCACCAGGACUUUACCCUGGCACCGGGCGGGCCCCUGGGACAGACUCACCUGCCUCACCGCGGCAUGGCCCCCUACCCGUUCCCCCACAACCCAGAACUGCGCAAGGCCCUCCUGCAGGACCCUGCUUCACAGCCCGUGCUACCUCAGCCCCAGAUGGCCUUCCCGCGCCGCUCCCGCCGUCUCUCCAAGGAGGGGAUUCUGCCUUCCAACUCCCUCGAUGGAGCUGGCACCCAACCUGGACAGGAGCCCACGAGCAAUCUGUUCCUCCAUCACUGGUCUUUGCAGCAGCCGCCGCCAGGCGCCCUGGGGCAGCCCCAUUCCGAAGCCCUGGGAUUCCCGUUAGAACUCCGGGAGUCGCAGCUGCUGGUGGAUGGGGACAGACUGGCACCCAAUGGCCGAGAGCGGGAGGCUCCCGCCGUGGGUAAUGAGGAGGUCUCGAGGGCAGGGGGCCUCGGGGACUGUGGGCAGAUGAUGCGAAGCGGGGUGAUCCAGAGCACAAGGCGGAGACGCAGGGCGUCCCAGGAAGCUAAUUUGCUGACCCUGGCCCAGAAGGCGGUGGAGCUGGCCUCUCUGCAGGAUGCCAAUGGCUCUGAGGAGAAGCGGAAAAGCGUGCUGGCCUCAACUGCCAAGUGUGGUGUGGAGUUUUCUGAGCCCGCCUCAGCUGCCAAGAGAGCUCGGGAGGAGAGUGGGAUGGUGCCCCUCAUCAUCCCCGUGUCUGUUCCUGUGAGGACCGUGGGCCCCACCGAGGUGGCCCAAGUUGGAGGUUCUGAUGAGGAUGGGAAGGGUCUUGAGCAGUUCCCCACUGACCACAAGCCGUCGGUCAUCGUAACCCGCAGGAGGUCUACCCGAGUGCCCGGGACAGAUACUGCAGCUCAGGCCGAAGACCUGAACGCCAAGUUGGAGGGAGAACCUUCUAUGCGGAAACCAAAGCAGCGGCCACGGCCGGAGCCUCUCAUCAUCCCCACCAAGGCGGGCACUUUCAUUGCCCCUCCUGUCUACUCCAACAUCACCCCCUACCAGAGCCACCUGCGUUCUCCUGUGCGCCUUGCUGACCACCCCUCUGAGAGGAGCUUCGAGCUGCCCCCUUACACACCACCCCCCAUUCUCAGCCCCGUUCGGGAAGGCUCUGGCCUCUACUUCAAUGCCAUCCUGUCAACCAGCAACGUCCCGGCCCCUCCUCCUAUCACGCCAAAGAGUGCCCAUAGGACCCUGCUCCGCUCUAAUAGUUCUGAAGUCACCCCGCCCGUCCUCUCUGUGAUGGGGGAGGCCACCCCUGUGAGCAUCGAACCACGAAUCAACGUCGGCACCCGGUUCCAAGCAGAAAUCCCCACAAUGAGAGACAGAUCCCUGGCAGCCGCAGACCCCCAUAAGGCUGACUUGGUGUGGCAGCCUUGGGAACAUCUUGAGAGCAGCUGGGAGAAGCAGAGGCAAGUGGAUGACCUGCUGACGGCCGCCUGUUCAAGUAUUUUCCCUGGUGCCGGCACCAACCAGGAACUGGCCCUACACUAUCUGCAUGAGUCCCGGGGGGACAUCCUGGAGGCGCUGAAUAAGCUGCUACUGAAGAAGCCCCUGCGGCCCCACAAUCACCCACUGGCUACCUAUCACUACACAGGCUCUGACGAGUGGAAGAUGGCUGAGAGGAAGCUGUUCAACAAGGGCAUUGCCAUCUAUAAGAAAGAUUUCUUCCUGGUGCAGAAACUGAUCCAGACCAAGACUGUGGCUCAGUGCGUGGAGUUCUACUACACCUACAAGAAACAGGUGAAAAUUGGCCGCAACGGGACACUCACCUUUGGUGACCUGGAUACCGGUGCUGAGAAGUCCGGCCAAGAGGAAGUCGAGGUGGACGUUAAGGCCAAUGAUGUCCUCAUUCUCCGGAGCCACGAACCCAAUGCCCCGGGGUCUGCCAGUGUUCAGACCUCAGAGAAGCCAAGGGAAGGGCCGGGGAAGUCACGAAGGGCUCUGCCUUUCACAGAGAAGAAGAAAAAACCGGAGGCAUUUAAUAAAACCCAAAACCAGGAGAACACUUUCCCUUGUAAAAAGUGUGGCAGGGUGUUUUAUAAGGUGAAGAGCCGCAGUGCUCACAUGAAGAGUCACGCAGAGCAGGAGAAGAAGGCUGCAGCUCUAAGACUGAAGGAGAAGGAGGCUGCAGCCGCCGCCGCGCACCAGCAGGCGCUGAAAGAAGAGAGCGGCGAAGGCGAGAAGGGCUGAGGCCCUGCUGGAUCCUCUUGCCGGGCUCCCCAGAACUCUGUACCUGGAACCUCUAGAGAAGGCCAGGAGAGGAUCACUUGGACUUUGCUUUGCAAAACAAAUCAAAUAAUGAAAAAUAAACAGGCUCUUUUAUUUA